UGCAGAUGCUUGGCCUCGGAUUUCAAAACCACAAAGGAAAUGGCUAUGUUGGCUUUUUUUUCUCCCUUACUUCCUUUCUGUGUAACAUGCUAUAAUGGGUUAGAAGUGACAACAAGGAACAAACACAUUUUAUAACGGAUUCGUACAGAUUUAGCUGCAAGCAAACAGAUUUAUCACUAAAAUGACAAACUGCACAAAUAUCUACAUGGUGCUAAGCAGCACAGAGAAGGUGGCCAUUGGCACGAUCUGUCUCAUGAUCGCACCCUUCAGCCUCCUGGUCAAUGUGCUUGUUCUGGUUGUCAUAGCCAGCUCUGGGAACCUGAGGCGACAUCCGUCAUACCAGUUUAUGGGCAGCUUGGCACUAGCUGACACCAUUGCCAGCUGCUGUUUCACCAUCACCUUCCUGGAUUUCCACCUUUUUAAACAGGACGACUCUUUUCCGAGAACAAAGUAUCUGCUUCAGCUGAGUGGCGUGACCAUGGCGUUUACGGGCUCGGUUGGAAGUCUGCUUUUGAUGGCAGUAGACCGCUAUCACGCCAUCUACAAGCCUAUUACCUACAAGAUGCAGCUGACACGGAAAAGAGCCUUGGUGGGAAUUCUGACAUUAUGGCCCUUGGCUGCCCUCAUUUCCCUCCUUCCUCUGAUGGGCUGGAGUUGUCAGACUUGUCUAUCGUGCUCGCAGUCCCAUCUCUUUCCGUACGUGGAUCGUAACUACCUUGCAUUCUUUGCCUGUCUUGUGUUGGUGGUGCUCGUCCUCAUACUGGUAGCCUAUGCCUUGAUUGUGUGGUGGGCCCACCAACAUGAAGCCAACAUGAACGUUGAACAUCCAGGGCUAGCACGCAUGCGCAUUGACAUCCAUUUGGCAAAGACUUUUAGCUGUAUAAUUCUGAUUCUGUUGGUGUGCUGGCUGCCUGUCCUUUCCUUCAUGAUGACAGAUGUUGUUACGACAGAGCUUUCAAAACCACAGAAAAGGGCAUUUGCUUUCUGCAGUACUCUAUGUCUGCUGAAUUCAGGCAUUAACCCAUUGCUAUACACCCUGCGCUGCCGUGAGCUACGUGCAGCACUUAAAUCAUUAGUAAAUGGUUUAAUGAGAAGCAAGGGUGGUUGUUCACCUAGUAACUAAUACCAGCUAGUAAACAACAUUUAGCUAAUAAACAGGAGUUACAGUAUAGCUCCCCCUAGUGCAUUGCCUGGCCAAAAAAAAAAAAGUCCCUGUUUGGAUUUAAAUAGGCAAAUGAGUCAAUGA